AAUUCAUAAUGUUGCGGUAUAUUGUACUAAUUGUGCUAGUACGUCUAAGCCUUGCUCAAGGUGCAACGAAAAGGGUUUUGAAUGAUGGCGAAUAUUCCGAAAAUUCAUUGAAUUUCACUAAUCUAGCUUCCAAUGACUUGUGCAUACGUCAAAACCAAGAGAUAACUGCAAUUCCAUAUGUAUGCCUACCAGUUUUGACUGAAAAAGGCAAUGGGUGGACACGGCCAUCAACAUCAAUAUCAACAUCACCACCAAGAUCAAAAUUAUUAAGCCUGCCGGUGGGGAGUAAAGCAGUGGAUCAGGACAACCAAGCACGGCCUCCACCCAAAAUUCCAUCUCAGUUGACUUUGCAGUUAGUACCAGGAGGAUUUCAGAUCAAAAAGCCGUCAUCAGAAAGCAACAGAGAUGCUACUAAACCAUAUACUGAAAAUCACGAUUUGCCAGCCGAAUCUGCAAGUUCGGAGUCCUCAGAUGAUGGCAUACGUACGCUGAACUCAAAAGUCGGUUUACAAAAGCACCUAAAGCAGGGGAGUAACUCAAUGGAUCAGGACGACCAAGCACGGACUCCAAACAAAAUUCCGCCCGAGGUCGUUUAUCAGUUAGUAUCAGAUAUUGAGCUUGAAAAGCCUUCAUCAGAAAGCAGCAUAGAUGCUACUAAACCAUAUACUGGAAAUCAUGAUUUGCCGGCCGAAUCUGCAAGCUCGGAGUCCUCAGAAGAUGGCAUACGUACGCUGAACUCAAAAGUCUAUUUACAAGAGCGCCCAAAGCUGGGGAGUAACUCAAUGGAUCAGGACGAGCAAGCACGACCUCCAAUCAAAAUUCCACCUCAGUUGACUCUGCUGUUAGUACCAGGAGGAUUGCAGAUCAAAAAGCCUUCAUCAGAUAGAAACAUGGAUGCUAUUAAACCAUAUACAGAAAAUCAUGAUUUGUCGGUCGAAUCUGCGAGCUCGGAGUCAUCAGAAGAUGACAUACGUUCGCUGAAUUCAAAAGUCAGCAAGGACUGCAAUCAAAGUCCCAUCUUGGUUCUUUCGUCAAGUAAUAUCAGGAUUUAAGCUCGAAAAGCCUUCAUCAGAAAGUAAUAUAGAUGCUUAUUAGACCGUAUACUAAAAAUCAUCAUAUGGAUAUCGAAUCUACGAGCUUAGAGUCAUCAGAAGAUGAUAUCCAUUCACUGGAUUCAAAAGUUAUCCGCAAGAACACACAAAAGUUGGGGAGUAAAUGAGUGGAUUAGAACAGACAGGCAAGAACUCCAAUCAAAAUUCCAUCUCGGUUCGUUCAUCAAUUAGUAUCAGGACGAUUUGAGCUCAAAAAUCGUUCAUCAGAACGUAAUAUAUGUUAUUAAACCAUAUACUAGAAAUCGUCAUAUGUAUGUGAAGCCUCCGAGCUCAGAGUUAUCAGACGAUGAAAGACGUCCGCCGAAUUCAAAAGCUCUCCAUUAAGGAAUGAAAUAGAACUCCGGGAUAGGCAUACAUUGAUUUUAGACAAUAUUUCACGUGGAUAUCCUAAUCGGUUAGUACUGACAGGAAAAAAACCACCACCACCACAUUUUUAAACAAUUACCAUAAUAUUGAACCAGACACCAAUAAAUUUAGCCCUGCUGCCUACGGAACGAAUAGUUUUUUAAGAAAACUGCAGCUUAAGUUUUAGAUUAUUAUUAAUUGAUGUCAUAGGUGACGUCGAUAGCUCAGUGGCUAGGUGCGAGCCUGGUGUUCUGAAAGUUAUAGGUUCGUUUCCCCGUUGAAUCGAAUUUUUGAACAAUCACCUGUACCGGCAGGGUUUUUCUGUUGUUUCCCAUGUCAACUCGUAUGUUCUAUAGGGGUGCCAAUGCGGUACAGUGUAGAAUACACAGCCGCAUGCAUCGGGCGAGGAUAGGGAUGAUUAGCAUCCGUAUGGAGGCCAGAAAAAGGGCCUCAAUAAUUUUUAAAGAAUUGAUGUUAUAAUGCAAGGCUUCACUUUGUGAAAAACUACUUUAUAAUUUUAGGUUCACAGAGGCAUGAAUUUCAAUUUGAACUGCAAUUAUUGACAAUAAGAAUAAAUAUAUUGUUGCAUUUGAA